AUGGGCAAUGUUUCUCCAGAUAAGACAGUCGGGACAGCCGAUGGGACCGCCCCGAUAUCAGAACAGGCUACAUCUUCUACUUCAGCCUCACCUCCCAAUCUCAGACACCAUUCCAGCUUUGCGGAAGCUCGACAUGGAACCGCCCAUUCUCCUUUAAAUAUGGGCAACAUGGGAUACUUCCUUCCAGGCCAUCAUCCACAAGGCUAUGAUCAGUCAAUACAUCAUUACCCGACGGCCCAAGGGCAAGGCAUGAUGUAUCCCAUGCCAGUGGCUCCGUAUGGACCCAACACCGGAGGCAUGGCGUACGGCAUGCCUUACCCAGCGUAUCCGCCGUAUGCGAUCCCUCAACACCCAGGCCCUGUUCAACAUGGAACUCAUUACCGGCCACAUGGAACCCAAAUGCAAAACCUCAGUCCCGGACAAAUAUCCCCAUAUGGCUCGGGGUACUACCCUCAUUCACCAUACCCUCCCCCUUAUGGACCUGGGAUGCUUCCUGCCGGCCAAAUGCCCCAGGCUGCAUCUCCAGUCCGCACUAACACGAGCUCGCCAUCGAAACCGGACUCUUUGCGCAAAGAAGCCGAUAAGCGAAUGGCCGAUCUGGAAUAUGACGUCUCAAAGACCAUCGUGGAUGGAUCCAACCCCAUGAAAUUAGCGCCCCAACCCCAACCACUACUCUCCGCAAUCCGGCCACGCGCUCUGGGUUGGGAAUCUCCCCCAGGAGCCAAUGUCGUGGAUCUCAAGGAUCAUUUCUCACAAGAGGCAACAAACGACAUCGAAAGUGUGUUUCUGAUCUCCAAGAGUAAUUGUGCGUUCGUGAACUAUAAGUCGGCUACCGCCUGUGCCGCGGCGUUGGCAAGAUUCCACGACUCCCGAUUCCAGGGCGUGCGUGUUGUCUGCCGAUUGCGAAAGGGGUCCAAUGCCCCGGGGUCCGGAUCUGUAGGGUUGGCAGUUCCUGUGGUGAAUUAUGCUCCCCGGCCACGAUUGGAGGAUAUUGCUACGUCUACGGCUACGACUACGGCUACUGCUACUGACCCGGGCGAGGACCCUUGCAUCGCACCGGAGCUCAGCUCGGCCGCGCCUGCUACAGGGAACUAUCCGCCCCCGGCCCGGCUGGUAGAUCGUUACUUUAUUGUUAAAAGCUUGACAGUGGAGGAUCUCGAACUGAGCAAGCAAAGUGGCAUUUGGGCUACACAGUCACACAAUGAGGCGGUGAUGAAUCAAGCUUUUGAGACUACUGAUUACGUUUAUUUAAUAUUCUCUGCCAACAAAUCUGGCGAGUAUUUUGGAUACGCGCGUAUGAUGUCGCCGAUCAGCGACGACGAGGAGCUGGCCUUGGAGAUGCCAUCCCGGCCCGACCCGCCGCCCAGUGGACCCGAUGAGCUCGACGUGACCCUGACAGCGGCGACCUUGACAGCGCCGCAAGGCCGAAUCAUCGAUGAUUCAGUGCGGGGUACUAUCUUCUGGGAAGUUGAAUCGUCGGAAGAUGAGAACGAGAACGAGACCAUCAGCGUCAAGAGCGUCGAGCCUGAGGAUCCGGAAGAAGGUCAACCCUUUGGUAAACCGUUCCGUAUACAAUGGAUUUCGACGGAGCGAGUGCCCUUUCAGCGCACUCGUGGUCUCCGUAACCCUUGGAAUGCAAAUCGAGAAAUUAAAAUCGCUCGUGAUGGCACUGAAAUCGAGCCGAUGAUUGGCCGUAAACUGAUUCAGUUGUUUCAUUUGCCUUGA